AGAUUGACAUUUGAAAUGAGAUGUCGAUUGUGUUCGCAAAGUUUUGUUCAAAAGUAGAAUUUAAAAGUGUUUUUAUAGUGGAAGUACGUGAAAUUGUUCUAAGAAAUCGUCUAAAAUGUUGACUAAAUUUGAAACUAAAUCAGCCAGAGUGAAGGGUAUAUCGUUCCACGCGAAAAGACCAUGGGUUUUGGCGAGUCUCCACAAUGGUGUGAUACAACUUUGGGAUUAUCGUAUGUGUACUUUGCUUGAGAAAUUCGACGAGCACGAUGGGCCGGUACGUGGUAUCUGCUUCCAUAUCCAGCAGCCUCUCUUCGUUUCUGGCGGUGACGAUUACAAGAUAAAGGUUUGGAAUUACAAGCAACGGAGAUGUCUGUUCACUCUUCUUGGACAUUUGGACUACAUACGUGCAACAUUCUUUCACCACGAGUACCCUUGGAUCCUUAGUGCUUCUGAUGAUCAGACAAUAAGAAUAUGGAACUGGCAGUCACGUCAAUGCAUCAGCGUGCUAACAGGCCACAACCACUAUGUCAUGUGCGCACAAUUCCAUCCAACAGAGGACCUCAUAGUCUCCGCCUCAUUGGAUCAGUCCGUCCGAGUAUGGGACUUCUCUGGCCUGAGGAAGAAGAGCGUAGCUCCCGGCCCAUCAGGGCUAGCUGAGCAUUUGAGGAACCCGCAGGCAACUGAUUUGUUUGGACAGGUAAAUGCCGAUGCAGUUGUGAAGCAUGUGUUGGAGGGACAUGACCGUGGAGUUAACUGGGCUUCCUUCCACCCUACGCUGCCCUUAAUAGUGUCUGGGGCUGACGAUAGACAGGUCAAGCUGUGGAGGAUGAACGAUGCUAAGGCUUGGGAAGUGGACACAUGCAGAGGGCAUUACAACAACGUGUCCUGCGCAUUGUUCCACGCGCGGCAUGAGCUCAUACUGUCCAACAGCGAGGACAGGUCUAUCAGAGUGUGGGACAUGACCAAACGCACGUGCUUGCACACUUUUAGGCGGGAAAAUGAUCGGUAUUGGGUACUAGCUGCACACCCGACUCUGAACCUGUUCGCUGCGGGCCACGACGUCGGCAUGAUACUCUUCAAGCUGCAGAGAGAGAGACCAGCGUACGCACUUCAUAACAACAUGCUGUUUUACAUAAAGGACAGACAACUCCGCAAAUUGGACAUGUCCACCAACCGGGAUGCCCCCGUCAUGCAGAUCAAAGGCGGCGGCCGACAUCAGCCUUACAGUAUGUCGCUGAACCACGCGGAGUGGUGUGUUCUGGUGACGUGGCGUAUCGGAGACAGCAACACGUACGAGCUAUACUCCGCGCCCCGAGACGGCAUAGAGUCUAGUGCCACAACGCCGGAGCCGUUGCGAGGCCACGCAGCUUCCGCCGUGUGGGUCGCCAGAAACCGGUUCGCUGCUCUGGAGAAGAAUAAUCAGCUAGUGAUAAAGAAUCUCAAGAACGAGGUGUCAAAGAAGAUCGCAACGCCCACUUGCGAGGAGAUAAUGUACGCGGGUACCGGCAUGCUGUUACUGCGCGAGCCAGAAUGUGUGCAGCUAUUGGACGUUCAGCAGAAACGGACUAUUGCUAGCGUAAAAGUGUCCAAAUGCCGCUACGCUAUCUGGAACUCUGAUAUGACAUUGGUAGCGCUUUUGGCCAAGCACACGGUCACAAUCUGCACAAAGAAGUUGGAACAGCUCUGCUCGAUAACAGAAGGCGCGCGGGUCAAAUCGGGUGCUUUCGACGACUCUACGCCGCAACCAGUGUUCAUCUACACCACGGCCAACCACAUCAAGUACUGCUGUAAAGAUGGCGACUACGGCAUCAUACGUACGCUAGACGUCCCCGUGUACGCAGUCAAAGUGAUUGCGAGUGAAACUGGAGCGAAGGUCGUUUGCCUUGACCGCGAGGCUCGACCGAAAGUGCUUAACAUCGACCCCACUGAGUACAGGUUCAAACUAGCUCUAGUGACUCGGCAGUACGAUCAAGUUCUGCACAUGGUUCGAACUGCCAAGCUGGUAGGACAGAGCAUCAUUGCUUAUCUACAGGAAAAGGGUUACCCCGAAGUGGCCCUACAUUUUGUCAAGGACGCUCGAACGCGGCUGUCAUUGGCCCUGCAGUGCGGUAACAUCGAAGUGGCGCUGGAAGCAGCUAAAAGCCUCGACGAACCGGACGCUUGGGACAAGCUCGCUCAAGCCGCUCUGUCUACUGGGAACCAUCAGAUUGUGGAGAUGUGCUACCAGCGCACGAAGAACUUCGAGAAGCUGUCGUUCCUGUACCUCAUCACGGGCAACCUGGAGAAACUGGGCAAGAUGAUGAAGAUUGCGGAGAUCAGAAAGGACGUGUCCUCGCAGUUCCAGGGCGCGAUGCUCUUGGGUGACGUUUGCGAGAGGAUCCGACUUCUGAAGAAUGCUGGACAGCUCUCCCUCGCAUACUUGACCGCAAUCAAUCACAAUCAACUCGACGAGGCGGAACCUCUGAAGGCAGCGUUGGAAGCUGCCAACUUGCCUAUACCCAAAUCCAACCCCGACGGUUGCUUCCUGCGACCACCUCUGCCGUUGCUGAGGGCUCAACCCAACUGGCCGCUGCUCGCUGUUUCUAAGAGUUUCUUCGAAGUGGCGGGCGGAGCUCGAACGGCGGCGGACGCGAGCGCGGUGGGCGCGGUCGCCGACGUGGCGGGCGACGAACCGUUAGAAGCGGCCGGAGCUUGGGGCGACGACGACGAUGUGUUGCAAGAGAAUAAGGAGGAAGGUGAAGUCGAGGUGAUGGAGGACGCCUGUGAUGAUGGAGGCUGGGACGUCGGUGAUGAGGACCUGGAGUUGCCAGAGGAGCUAGCUCCAAUACCAGCUGACAUGGACGGCGCUGAGGAGUCGUCGGAAUACUUCGUGGCGCCCACUCGUGGUGUCAGCUUGGCUCUGGGGGCUAAACUCAAGACUGCUCACGACCAUGUCGCUACCGGACAGUUUGAGAUCGCUUUCAGAUUGCUGAACGAACAAGUGGGUAUUGUGAACUUCGAGCCGUACCUCGAGACAUUCCUCAGCAUGUAUUCGAGCGCGCGGCUUAUGUUCGGUGCGCUGCCGUUGGUGCCGCCGUUGGUCGCCCACUUACACAGGAAUUGGAAGGAAGCCAGCGGCAAGGACCUACUGCCCGUUUUGACGGCAAAACUCAGCGACCUUGUACAACAACUGCAGCAGUGCUACCAACUGACGACUAGCGGCAAAUUCACCGAGGCGACCGAGCGCUUACAGAGGGUCGUGCGGUUGGUGCCGUUGCUGCAGGUGGAAUCCAAACAGGAGCUGUCCGAAGCGCAGCAGUUGCUGGCGAUAUGUAAGGAGUACCUGCUGGGAUUGCAGAUGGAGACAGCUAGAAAAGCAAUGCCGAAGAACACGCUCGACGAACAAAAGCGUACGUGCGAAAUGGCUGCCUACUUCACCCAUUGCAAGCUGCAGCCCGUACAUCAAAUCCUCACUCUCCGGACAGCUUUGAACAUGUUCUUCAAGCUCAAAAACUACAGAACCGCCGCGUCCUUCGCAAGGAGACUUCUGGAGCUAGGUCCGAGGCCAGAAGUGGCCCAGCAGGCGAGGAAAAUACUCCAAGCAUGCGAGAAGACACCCACCGAUGAACACCAAUUAUUGUAUGACGAGCAUAAUCCGUUCAACAUAUGCGGGAUAAGUUAUAAGCCUAUAUAUCGGGGUAAGCCCGAAGAGAAAUGUUCUUUGUGCAGCACGAGCUAUCUGCCAGAACACAAGGGAAAGCUUUGCCCCGUCUGUGGCGUUGCGGAGGUGGGAAGAGAUGUACUCGGCCUCAGGAUCUGCCAUUUGCAAUUCCAGAGAUAACUUUGUAACGAUGUAUUAUUAUUUGAAUUGUAUAUUUAAGAUUAUAUUAUAAAUAAAUAAACUAUUAUUAUAUAGC